AUGGAUUUGUGGAACUGGGAUGAAGCAUCACCACAGGAAGUGCCCCUAGGGAACAGGCUGUCAGGGCUUGAAGGAGCUGAACUCGACUUCUAUUUCCCUGAACUGGCACUCCAGGGGGACACGCUGACAGCGGAGACAUGUCGGAAAAGUUCAUUGUGCACACCAUUCCCUAAACUCGGCUACGUCCUAUCCCUCGCAGGGCUCCCACAGCCGGACUGGGGCUCCGCAUUACCGUACCCAGAAGCUCCAUGGGGGGCGGAACCCGCCCCUCAGGCUCUUCCGUGGUCGGGAGACUGGACAGACCUGCCGUGCACCGGCUCGGUCCCUUGGAGCCGCGUCUCCCAGGCCCUGGGUCCCGCCCUCUGGGCUGGCUCUGAAGGGGCAGCCGCCCAGAACUGCGCCACCUCCGCGGGAAGUGCCAACUCGUGGUCGGGCGCCCAGGUUGCCGCCAGCUCCACCAGCUGGGACUAUUCUGUUGGCCCGGACGGCGCCACCUACUGGGGCAAGAGCCUCGCCGAGGAGCCGCCCGCCGACUCUAUCAUUUCGUGGGGCGGGCCUGCGGGAUCGGACCAUACCAUCUCCUGGGACUCGGGGCUGCAUACGGACUGCACCACCUCUUCGAAGGAGUACCAGACUUCAGAUCUCACCACUUCCUCCGAACCGAGCCAGCAGUCGGACCGCGCAACCUUGGCUUGUUACCCCAAAGCUAACCACCGAGGUCCCAUUCAGCUGUGGCAGUUCCUCCUGGAGCUACUCCACGACGGGGCGCGUAGCAGCUGCAUCCGCUGGACGGGCAAUAGCCGCGAGUUCCAACUCUGCGACCCCAAAGAGGUGGCGCGGCUGUGGGGCGAGCGCAAGAGGAAACCCGGCAUGAAUUACGAGAAGCUGAGCCGAGGUCUGCGCUACUACUACCGCCGCGACAUCGUGCGCAAGAGCGGGGGGCGCAAGUACACGUACCGCUUCGGGGGCCGCGUGCCUGGCCUAGUCUAUCCCGACUGCGUGGAGAGUGGACAGGGAGCAACGACUCAAUAAAAAUACA